UAAAGCCUGCACCUAGGUCUCUGUGCAUGUCCUUGGUCUCCCAGCACGCUGCUGAGCAGACCGCGAAUCAGCCCUCCCCCUGAGUCCGCAUCGGAGCGAGGAGCGCGAAAGCGCUGCCUGAGCUUGUCGGGACCGGAUAGCGGAGCAUGUCGCAACAUGGUCCCAGGGGCUUCCGUCUUUGGGACUGCAAAUGGCCCAGUUGUUGGGGUAAAUCCCGGCCGGACACAAUACAGCAUGCUCAUGUAAUUCCAUGUUGAGACGGGGAUAGAUAUAGCCUAUGAACCAACGCAGGAAACUAGUGCUUCUGCACGUCGCCAUUAGCCAGGUGCCGGCCCGGUGUCCGCGAAUACAGUCGGCUCUUGGGCUGCACGGCGUCAACAUCCACAACUUCCCGGUACGCCUCCAGCUCACUGCGCAGCGACUCCACCUGGAGCUGCAGCUUGCCGCGCUCUCGGCCACGCUCAAAGCUCUCCUUCUUCAGGUCCAGUAUCUGGUUCUUCAGGCUGUCCACGUACUUGAUGCGCUGGCGCAGAUUGGUGUGGCCGCCGUUGCUGCUCAGGAUCGCGUCCAGGUCGUGGUACGCCGCAGCGUAGUUGUCCUUGAGCCAGUUGAUCUGGAACUGGCUCUGCUCUGCAAUGAUCGCCCGCUCGCCCUCAACCUCUGCCAGAUACCGCCGCAUGACCUCGACCUCAUCGGCAUGGGUCUCCAUGUCCACCUCGCACUUCUCAAGCAUCUGGUGCAUGUGCUCGAUCUGCGACUCGUACGAUGCGCGCUGCAGCUCAUACUUUGCGCGCAUAUCGUCCAUCUCGUAGUCAAUCGACUCCAAGCGCGCCUCAAGCUCAGCCUUCUCCUCAACCUGCUGCAGAAUCUCUUGCCGCAGCGCAUCGCCGUUUCCUGGAGGAGAGCCAGCCUUUGCAGCAGGCAAUGCAGCCUUGCCACUCUGGACGCCGGAGCUCAGCAACCUCGGCCUCCAGAUCGGCAACAUGCGCUUCAAACGACUCGCGGUCCGAAUUUGCCGACUGCUGCAGGUCCUGCAAUUCGGCACGCGCCGCCUCCAGGUCCUUCUCCAGCUGCGCUCGCUCUUCCUUGGACUGCAGACUCAUGUCGCCCGCAGUCUCGACGAUCUUGCCCUGCACUGCCAUAUACUUCAGCUCCAUCAAGUCGCAGUCGAGGCGAGAGCGCCGCACACGCGCAUCCUGCAGCCGCUCCAUGCUGCCAAUAAACGUGUUGCGAACGCUCUGCUGCACCUCAGCAAGCAAAUCGCCUACUGGCGCCUCACCCGACAAUAUGAGCACCCGCUGCAGGUCGUCUGCCAGCUCAGCACCUGCAUCCAUCUGCUCGUAGAUGAUGCCGGCCUGCUCCUGCAUCUCAACGUACAUCUGGCGUGCCUCGUGCACCAUCUGCGCGCGCGCGUCCUCCUUAAUCGCCAGCAUGUCUGUCAGGUAGUCCUCGCGGAUCACAUGCAUCCUCUCGCGGUAGCGGUGGCGGUCGAUGACGCUGUGCAGCUUGGCGCGCUCCUCCCUCCACUGCUCCUUCUCGCGCGCGUGGUUCUCGUGCAUGGCCUGCAUCAUGCGAACGUAGUAGUCCAGCGCCUCUUCGUUGCCGGAGUUGGCAGU